CCUGGCUGCCAAAAGGCAACAGAAACCAGGGCCCAGGGAGCCUCCCCAUCUCCCAGUUGCCUGUUGAGAGCUCGAUGCUUCCCUCUGCCAAUAGUGGCUUUGCAGCUAAUCUGCUCCCACCCCCAAAUACCUGUGCCCUUCCUUCUCUGAAGAUAUGAACAGUCCCCUCGCCCUCCCCACCCAGGCUGCUGACUCUAAUGGGGCAGUCGUCAAGGCAGUUUCUGGGCUGGGACCCUCUCUGGGGUGCAGGCUGGGGUGCCCCACUGGUAUGUGCCCCAACAGGUUUUUCUCUAUCAGCCUUGAAAUCAGCCCGGAGCCUGUUUGACCUGCCCCCCAGGGAACUGGAGCCAGAGGCAGAGCCAGGUCAGAAGCUGGACUUAGAGCCUAGGCUUCUGUGGUCCACCUGGCCCCACAGGGAAAACCGUGCACAAAGCCUCCUGUGUCUGGAGCUGAGCUGCUGAGAGGCUGAGUGGAGUUCACCCAGAGCAGGUUGAGGCCCAGUUGCUGGGAGAAGAGAUGCUAGGCAGGGAGGUGUUUAUGUGGGACCUAGUACAGCCUGGUCCUCUCCCACAUCUGGGAGGGGCCAGAGUCCUAGACAACAGCUGGGUUGGUCUGCAAGAGAGGUCAUCUGACCGGCUGCUCAGUCUGGGCUGCACACACCCCCUCUCUGCCGGGCCACACAGGAGCCGGUGCCCACACGGGCAAGCUACCAGGCCACAAAGACGACAACGACCUCAGUCUAGCACCUUUGGGCACCCAUGUACCUGUAAAAACACUUAUUCAGAUCAGCGCAGAGACCGCACCUGCUGACCUAAAGAUUCUGGCCUGACACUCCGAGGGUAAAAGGCAGACAAGCAGGGCAGCCAGUUGCGCCAUGUCUGUGAGCAGCGGGAGGACAGCACCAUCCCUGAUCCAGGAGAUCCUCAGCCACCUGGGCCUUGCCAACAAGACUGCAGCUUGGGGGACCCUGGGGACCCUCAGGACUUUCUUGAGCUUCACUGUGGAAAAGGAUGUACAGAGGCUGCUGAGGGCCAUUACAGGUCAAGGAGUGGACCAUAAUGCCAUUGUGGCCGUGCUGACCAAUCGGAGCAGAGAGCAGAGGCAGCUCAUCUCUCGAGCCUUCCAGGAGCGCACCCAACAGGACCUGCUAAAGUCCCUGCAGGCAGCACUUUCUGGCAACCUGGAGAAGAUUGUGGUGGGUCUACUGCAGCCCAUGGCCCAGUUUGAUGCCCAAGAAUUGAGAAGAGCCUUGAAGGCCUCAGGUUCUGCUGAAGAUGUGGCCAUGGAAAUUCUUGCCACCCGAGCCCCCCCUCGGCUACAGGAGUGCUUGACUGUAUAUAAACAUGAUUUCCAGGUGGAGGCUGAGGAGGACAUCAAGUCUGAGACCAGUGGCACCUUGCAGGACCUGCUCCUCGCCUUAGCCAAGGGGGGCCGUGAGAGCUACUCUGGAAUCAUUGACUAUAAUCUGGCAGAAGAGGAUGUCCAGGCACUGCAGCAGGCUGAAGGACCCAGCACAGAGGGGACAUGGGUCCUAAUCUUCACCCAGCGAAAUCCUGAACACCUCAUCCGAGUGUUCGCUCAGUACCAGCGGUACACUGGGCAAGAGUUGGAAGAGGCUGUCCGGAACCGUUUCCACGGAAAUACCCAGGUGGCCCUGCUCAGCCUAGCUUCGGUGAUCAGGAACACACCGCUGUACUUUGCUGACAAACUUCACCAGGCCCUCCAGGUGGCCAGAUAUAGGUACGAGUUUGCUCUGUAA